CAUUUUUAAUCAUCCAUCCAUGCGUAUGAGCGUCUAUUUUUAGACUCCAUCUUUGACUCCAGCAUAGGUCGGCCGUUGCGCCAAUCAAACGUGGUCAAAAGUGUCAUUUGACUCCAAUUCACCAAUCAGAUGACACAAGGCAGUCACUUGACCGCACGCGUUGUUUUUGCGAGCCAAUCCAAAUGAUUCAUUUUGAAGACAAAAAAAAAAAAAAAAAAAAAAAAAGCCACGCAGGUGUGUUUACAACUGUAGAACCUGAGCAGUAGUUAUGUCAUGCAGCUCUUCAUUUGCGACAAGCAAAAGUUUGAUAUUUCAUCCCGCUUCAAACCUGGCAUACCACAUUGCGGUGAUCUAACGCCGCCAGUCUCCAGCAGGUGUCCAACAUGGCGAGCACGGCAAGCGGAUCUCUCGUUCUCCCCCUCUCACUUAUCGUGAUUUCACUGGCCUUCCUCCUCAAAGGGGCUGCUGAAACCAUCACAGUGGAAGGUCAGAACUUGGAGACAGAUAACGUGUCAGUGGUGGAGGGCGAGAUGGCCACCAUCAGCUGUCGGGUGAAGAACAACGACGACUCGGUCAUCCAGCUCCUCAACCCCAACAGACAGACCAUCUACUUCAAGGAUGUCAGACCCCUGAAGGACAGCCGGUUCCAGCUGGUGAAUUUCUCUGACAACGAACUGCGGGUGUCUCUGUCCAAUGUGUCACUCUCCGACGAGGGACGUUAUGUGUGCCAGCUCUACACGGACCCCCCUCAGGAGGCCUACGCGGACAUCACUGUACUGGUGCCGCCGGGAAGCCCGAUCAUUGAGAGUCGCGAGGAUGUGGUCAGCGAGGGCAACGAGACGGAGCUCACCUGCACAGCCGCCGGCAGCAAGCCAGCUGCCUCCAUCAGAUGGAUGAAAGGAGAUGAGGAAAUGACAGGAGAAAUGACGGUGGAGGAGACAUAUGACCAAAUGUUUACCGUCACCAGCCGUGUGCGAUUCUUAGUCAGUAAAGAGGACGACGGUAUGCCGGUGGACUGUGUUGUCGACCACCCGGCCGCAAACGACCUCCUGGCUCAAAGGAACCUGGAAGUGCAGUAUAAACCUGAAGUGAAGAUUGUGGUGACAUAUCCCGAGGGAUUAACUCGGGAGGGCGACAAUCUUGAUCUGACAUGCAUUGCAGGAGGGAAACCGCAUCCUCAUCAGAUCAACUGGCUGAGAGUGGACGAGGACGUGCCAUCUCACGCCGUGGUCACCGGCUCGGACCUCUUUAUCGAGAACCUCAACAAGUCCUUCAAUGGCACAUAUCGCUGCGUGGCCUCCAAUGCAGUGGGCGAGGCCUACGACGACUACGUCCUCUAUGUCUACGAUGCUCCCACUACUAUCCCCACUCCCACCACCAACCCAGUCAACACGCAAGAUUCGCGAGCAGGCGAGGGUGCGCCACCCAAACUUGACCACGCUGUCAUCGGAGGGGUUGUUGCCGUGGUGAUGUUCGCCAUUCUUUGUGCGCUCAUUGUCCUCGGUCGAUAUUUUGCCCGACACAAAGGCACCUACUUCACACACGAAGCCAAAGGGGCGGACGAUGCCGCCGACGCCGACACGGCCAUCAUCAACGCCGAGGGCGGACACAGCAACACAGACGAGAAGAAGGAGUAUUACAUCUAAAGUGCGGAAAGAGGUGGUGUGGUGGUGCUAUGGCAGCAUUGUGUCUAACUCUGAUUGUUUGGUAGGGGGGGGUGAGGAGGAGGGGGGGGGUUGAUUUAAGGAGGAAGUGAAAGUAAGACUGGCGUGGCCUUGUGUUGAGAAGAGGUCGAGUCUCCUGUCUAAAAACCUUCCUGGACUGCUGGGGCCUAAACUUCUGUACACCUUCUUUCUUUUACAGACUAUUUUGUGCCUUUUUCUAUUUCUGUUUUUCUUCGCCGUCCCUCCCCACUCACGUGCUUGUCGGUUUAGGUGUUCGGCUGUGGAUUCAAAGGUGAAAGUGGCCUGUUGUAUGCGCGUGCGUGCGUGUGUUUGUUAGCUUUUAGCUCGAAUGUCGCUGAGCACAAAGAGGAAGCUCAUCUCCCUUUUUUUUUUUUGUCUGUAGUCAUCUUAAAGGAGACAUAUUAUUCUAUUUUUACCCCGUUUAAAAUAGAUUGUGGAUGUAUUAAUAUCAUAUCUGUCACUUGUUUUGGUCCAAAUUCCCCCAAACUAAUCAUCAGCCCUAUUGAAAUGAGUUUUCGGGGGGGCUGUUCUGUCUCAUACAUCGAACCACUGCUCACCAACCGCCAAUUUGAGCAGAGCUUUGUUUGUAUUACCAUAAGGACUACGGGCAGAUGCCCCUAAUCAAAUUGUAGGUGCAUCUGUAAAAACGCGGAUUAUAAUUGACAUCAGUGAAGGCUGCAGCGCAUUACUUGUCAAUUAGUGUGCAGAUCCACGAGUGUGGCACAUGCAGCAGAUGCAUGGCCAAAAACUCCAGAGACCACAAGCAAUUUAAAGUGACGUGCCGUAUUAUGUCCCCCCACUCAUUGGAAUUUCAUCUCACACACGUAUGUAUAUUUGAUGUUGUUGCGGGUUUACAGAAAUAACAAAUCAAAAGACUAAAUAAGUAGCCACUUUAUUGGGAACACCGAAUUAAAGAUGGGUUAAGGUGGUCGUGGGCACCCAAAAUUUAUUACCUAUGUCCACUUUCUCUUUGUUUUUUUUUUUUUUUUUUUUUUUUUUGGGGGGGGGGGGGUUGAGCCAUUGCAGUGGAAUUUUUUCUAACUAAUUUAUAUUUCCAUGCAAUUUGGGGGGUUUAUGGCCAGAUGUCUGCCCAGAGGCUUGAAUGACAGUAUCAUUAAAACAAUAAAGUGGUCAUUUUUAUGGAAAAAGUCAUAAUUUUAUGGGAAUAAAACAUUUUAAGUGCAAUAAGGAGAAAAUUGUAAUAUGAAAACGUCACAACUUUAGCCCCAAAAAUGAAUAUUAUUGGGAUAAAGUGGUAAUUUUACACUUUUCUGAAAAUUAAGUUAUGACAAAUUAUACUUUAUUAUAACAAAGUCUUAAUUUAAUGAGAAUAAAAGGAAAAUAGUUAUGUAACGGUUUGCAAAUUUUAAAGAGAAGUCAGUUAUUGUUCAUGUGAAUAAAUAAUGGCAAUUAAUUGUGGAAAAAUUAAUAAAUUAAAUUUUAACACUGAUGAGAGAAUUAAGGCAAAUUAUCUAUCCAUGAAUAAAGUGAUAAGCUGCCCAAAAAAACAUUUAUUUAUUAUUACGAAUAUAAGUAGAUAUUUUCAUGAUAAUGAAGUCUAAAUUAUUCAAAUAAAAUCCUCAUUUUAAUAAGAAAAAGUCACAAUUGUAGGAGACUUAAUACAAAUUCUUGAAAAUAUAAAUAGUAAUUUUUCACCUUUUUUUUAUGACUAAGGCCAAAUGAUUUGAUCCGAGAUUUAUUUGACAAGUUGUAUAUUCUUUUUUUUCUGUUUUUAACAUAUAAUGCAACUUUUAUAGCAGCUCUCAAUACAUUUUUGGGCUGUGGUAUCUUCCCUCUGAAAUGAAAAUACUGGAGGUGCGUUGUGCCCGAUAAAGUGGCUUCUUGAAUUAAAAGUCAGGAUAGAUUUCAAGACGGAAGUUAGCUUUAGCGUGUAGCAUUGGUGUUAAGUGCAGUCUCAUUAUUGCUCAUGUUCAUUCUUGAGUUGAGUAAAUGUUGAUGCUAACAACAACAACAACAAAAACUUCUCAUCUUGAAGCCUUGUGAAAACACACAGCCCUCUUUCACUUUAAGUUAGCUUAGCGAUAUUUAGCAUAAAGAGCUAAAGGUUAGCGUUCAAGAGAGCAUUAAGUUAUUUCGCUCAAAAGGUGACCUCAAAUGUGAAUAGUUACCAAUAAAACAGACACAUUACUGUGUUGUAAUGUAUUUUAUGGUUUAAAAAAAAACAUUUCAAAGUGAAAUUUUAGUGAAAAAUCUAGCUGGUUAACUUGUUUCAUGUUCAUACUGAUGAAAUACAAGCAGUAUUAUUUUCUUAAAAGCUCCCCCACAUUUAAGAGAUCGGAAAUAUUGUUGUUAAAAAUGUUGUUGCUUGUCUUUGUUUAGCAUAAAGAUCUGAACCAUGAGAGCUGCCAUUACGAUAAAGUAGAAUAACACUCAAGUUUAGCUCAACAAUUUGAAAAACUAGCAUGAAAAUGACUCAUUCCUGAGCAGAGGAUUAACAACGUCACAAACUACUGUGCUGUAAUGUUAUUUCUCUUCUUUAUUUGUAUGUACAUUUAUUAAGGUAAACUGGGAAGUGGCGAUUUAAAACAUCUGUUUUGUACAAAACUAAGUUAGUCAAAUAGUUUCUAAUCUAACACAAGCUGAAUCAAUCUUGAAUACGUUUAUCAACUGUUAUUUUUUAUUUUUGUUUUCACCCAGGAUACGAAUAGACAAAAGGCAGGAAAUAAUUGUUAAUUGAUACGUUUUGGGUGAGAGUUGAUGAGAUUUUACCUGGUGGCAGUGGAUUAUUGAAAACAAAUAAUAAUAAUAAUGGUAAGAAGAAACGGAUCAACUCAGCAAAUUCAAACUGGAUUAAGGUGGUCAUGGACACCCAAAAUUUAAUACGUAUGUCCUCUUCCCGUAGCGCAUUGUUUUGUUUUGUUUUGUUUUUUGUUUUUUUUGGGGGGGUGCGCUGGCUUUUGUCAACUGGACGGAUCGGCAUGCUUUUCCAAUGUGUUCCAAUGUAGAUGUUUUGAUUGCCAGCAGUGUCAAAAUUCUGGGGAGCAAAGGGAAUUCCGUCUCGCUCUUGAUUUGCCGCAAAGCUGUAAAAACGUCUUUUUCCUCAUCAAGUGUUACCUUUAGGCCGUCUUUGAUUGCUCUUGACCGCGCCAUCAAGUUGUCACUUUUUUUUUCCCCCUCACUUGUCGCCUAACAGCCUCAAACCUUCACUCAAGUCUCUUUUUUUUCCAUUUUUUUUUUAAAUCUAUCAGAAGAAACCCCAUCUCAGCCAUACCGGAUUAUGUUAUAAUAAGAUACAUAUAAGAUUUAAAGCCACGUCAAAAUAGUGAAGGACUUUCCUGUAUAAAUGUACGAUUUUAUUUUUGUAACAUUACAAUUUUUUUUCCUGAGCUAUAUUGUCUUGACAUUACGACGCUUUACAUUUCUCACAAAAUUCAAAUCCAAUCCUCACGAAUGGCUUAUUUUGCAUAUAUUUUGUGGGGUUUGAGCAGCGAAGUGCCCCCGCCCCCCCUGGCAUUGACGCGAUAUCUUGUAUAUUUGUGUCCUCUUUCUAGCAGACUCGACACAAUGUUGGUCCCCGUUGUUGCUUGUGUACAAAAGCUGAGGUGAUCACAGAUGUUGUAUUUAUGACGUGUUAUUCAAUUUGGUGAAUCCAAAUGUUCAUUGGAGCAGUAUUUCUUGGAGGAGGACCAGGCCAAAACAAGUUUUACCUUUAGGCUGAUCGGAAGGAACGGCGGCGGCGGCGGCAGAUUUCUUGAUGGUGAAAGAACUUUUGAGGCCACGAUAAGUCAUUUCAAAACCCAAAUUGAAAAAUGGAGUUGAACUCUUAAAGUGGGUGUGUGAAACUUUCACUGCAUAUCCUAACUUUAUUCUUAAAAGCCAUUUUUAAGUUCUAAUUCUCAUGGGUGUGAUUUUAAAAAAUUGACAAAAAUGUAUUUUUUAAUGCUUUUUUAUUUGGUUUUAGUUGUUUAAAAAAAAUUGGCAAAAAUUGGCUCUUGAAAUAAAAAUUUGCUCCCCCAAAUUUGUCUCAUGACAAAUUUCUGCGUUUAUUCUUAUUAAAAAUCAAUAUUUGUUAAAUGCUCAUGCUUGCAAUGAGUUUAGUAAUUGGUAAAUCGCUUAACAACAUAACUUUGACAAGUUUUCCACAUUGCCCUAAAAUAAAAAAUUGUGUUCCUUACCAUUCAGAUAUUCUUGUAAAAUUACAACUUCAUUCUCUUCACUAUAACUAUAAUCUGAAAAGAAAUGUCAUAAUUAUUCUUGUAAAAUAGUUCAAUCUAAAAAACACAACUUUUUCAAAAUUGUACUGUAUUAUUCUCUGACAGUUGACUUUAUCUCUUGGAAAAAAAAUACUUUAUUCUUGUAAAAUUAAAACAAUUAAUAUUUUGAUUUGAUUAUUUUUCCUCCAUGAGCAAACAUUUCAAGGGUGGGAUAACUCCAAUGUAAUAAUUUUUGCUUGAGUGUGGGUGUCCCCCCCUCCCCUAAUUUUUUGUUCGGGUUUGAGGAUUUUCCAUAUUUGAUUCGGAUAAAAUAUGCCGUGAUCUUUCAUCACACAGGUUGAUUCUUGGACACUCGAAGGACUGUCCUGUACGACUUGAAAUGUACGACUUUAUUUUUGUAACAUUACAAUUUUUUUUCCCCUCAGGACAACACAGUUGAUAUUACGGCGCUUACAUUUCUCACGAAAUUCAAAUCAAUCAUGAGUCAGUCAAAGUCCAAUUAUCCUUCAAAUCCGUCAAUAUUUUGCAGGAAACAUAAACUCCAAAUGUAUAACUUCAUCACAAGCUUUCACGUAUUAUUUAUUCCACGAGUGUUGCACUGCAGCACUUUCACGAACAGGCUGCCCCCUGUUGGUUACAAUUGGAACAAACCUCGAUUUGGACCUGGAUUCAUUUUGACCAAAAUGGAGUUCGUCUCAUUCUCACAGGGCUCAAAUUAUUCUUUGGAAUCGUUUUGAAAUCAUUUAUUGUGGUCUCUCUUUUUUUUCUCCACUUCAUGUAAACCUGUUUUAACAGUUUACAUUCAUAAAUAAAAAUCAACAAAAACAAGUUCACAAUACUCCAAACGAGAGUUUUAAGUGUCAGCUGCAUGACAUUAUUUUGCUUCAAUUCUUUUGUUGUUUUUUUUUUUUUAAAUGACCGCUCCCAUGAACUGAGGAUUACUACCACUCCUCUGAUCAUAUUUUUUUAUAUAUAUAUAUUUGAUGUUUCUCCUUCUACUUCUUAUAAUUAUUAGUACGUUUGUGUUCACUCUCUCAGGUUCAUGAGUGUUAAUAGUUGUCUUUUUUGCAUCUCAGGUAGAAUGCAAAUGUGUAUAUAUAAUAUUAAAAAAUGAAUUUAAAAAAAGCCCCCCCCCCCAUGUGCCCUGCCAAGUACAGUAUAUGUGUAUACAUUGUACCUAGUAGAAGUGCAGCAGCAGCUUUUCAAACAGAUGUACAUGGUUUUCUCAGCUGUGUGUGUGUGUUCUUGAUGACGAUGGUGCACUGUCACAUGACUUUGGAGUUUGCAUAGAACACAAACAGAAGUAGUUUUGUCCAUCAAGCGGACCGGCACCAUGUGUACAGUCAGUGUUUCUCUUCCGGUAUAUUCAGUUGUAAAAUGUUUUGCAUACAUGAUAUGAAAUAUUUCCUGGAACAUGUUUUGGAGGAGGAAGAAGAAGAGGACAAUGAGGAAGGAGGUGCUUCUUUGUGUUUGACUACCACCCCAAAAAAAAAUGGAUUCAAAAUUGUCUUUUUUUUUUUGUUUGUUUGUUUUUUUUUUGGUGGAGUGGGUUUGUCUUCUGGCCAUUCAUCUUUUGGAUUGGUUCAGCAACAUUUUUACAAAACGGAAAAAAAAAAUAACCUGAUGAGUACUUGUCU